GUCCCCAGCCCGGGGCCCCCUAGACUGGAGUGUGAUGGGGGAGGCCGAAGUGUGAUGGGAGAGGCCACGUGUGCGCUUCCAUCCGCCCACCCACUUACCUGGGACCGCGGAGGAGGGGGGGCGCGCCGCCCUCCUGACGGUCUAAUCUCAGAGCUGAAGCUCGCUGUGCCCUGGGGCCACAUUGCUGCCAAAGCCUGGGGCUCCCAUCAGAGCCCCCCAGUUCUCUGCCUCCACGGGUGGCUGGACAAUGCCAACUCCUUUGACAGAAUCAUCCCUCUUCUCCCAAAAGACUUUUAUUACGUUGCCAUGGAUUUCGGGGGUCAUGGGCUGUCAUCCCAUUAUAGCCCAGGUUUCCCGUAUGACCACCAAAACUUCGUGAGUGAGGUCCGCAGGGUCGCGGCAGCCCUGAAAUGGAACCGAUUUUCCCUCCUGGGCCACAGUUUUGGUGGCACUGUGGGUGGAAUGUUUUCCUGUAUCUUCCCCGAGAUGGUGGAUAAACUUGUCUUGCUGGAAUCCUCGCCAUUUAUCCUGGAAAGUAACGAACUGGAGAACAUGCUGACCUACAAGCGGAGAGCCAUAGAGCACAUGCUGCAGGUGGAGGCCUCCGAGAAGCCCUCGCACGUGGUCAGCCCGGAGGAGAUGCUGCAGGGGUUCCUGAAGAAUAACAGUCACGUGGGAGACGAGUGUGCGAAACUCCUCCUGCAGAGAGGAACCACACAGGUGGCCACAGGUCUGUUGCUGAACAGAGAUCGGAGGAUCACUAGGCCGGAGUAUUACUUCAAUUUCAUCAGCAGGGAGCUGUUUGUGCAUUCCAUCAGGAAGCUGCAGGCCCGCGUCCUGCUCAUCAAAGCAACCCAAGGGUAUUAUGAUGUGAGGAGAGAGAAUGAUGCCAACAUGGAGCUCAUGCUAUUCGUGACCAACUCACUGAGAUCCAUCCUGAAAGAGAGGUUCCAGUACGUGCAAGUCCCCGGCAACCACUACGUCCACAUGAACCAACCCCAGCACAUGGCUGGUGUCAUCAGCUCCUUUUUACUGAGCAAGGAGAGGAUCCGAGCCCAGCUGUAGCCCUGGGCCCGGGGAUACAGACGCCUGCUCAGCCCCGGACUCCCAGCUCCCAAGACCAGGCCAGGCGUGGUGGGGACAGGGCCCCUGGUCCUGAGGACCAGCAUGGCCGGAAAGAGAAUCCUGUGGCAGAGCUGGGGGGGGGGGGGGGGCGGUGUGCGGAGGGGAUACAAGAUUCUGACUCUAACAUCUGUGACUUCAAGGGGGAGACGGUGUCUGGGUGUGGGAGUUACCUGUUUUGUAACUGGGUAGCAGGCAGAGGGAGGGGCUGGGAUAGGCCCACUGGCCUUUUGUAGCCUUCUCUUGCCACCCAGCUGGAUGAAAAAUAAAAUGUUCUUGUAUUUUC